GAGGAACACGUUAUUGUGCCCGGUUCACAUGGACAGUGCCUUUUGUGGGCAUGCAAAGCCUGCAAGAAAAAGACCAUGCAGGUGGAUCGUCGCAAAGCUGCAACAAUGCGCGAGCGUCGACGACUGCGUAAAGUUAAUGAGGCGUUUGAAACCCUGAAACGUCGUACCUGUGCGAACCCUAACCAAAGGAUGCCAAAGGUGGAAAUUUUGCGAAAUGCCAUUGACUACAUCGAGAACCUGGAAGAGAUGCUUCAGCAUAAUGGGGUCCUCCCCAUCGGCACGUCUCCUCUGAGUGCUGCCCUGGGUUUGGGUAGCUUGGUACAGAAUGACGGCUCUGUCAACGCGAAUGACUCUAGACUUCCCUCAGUUCAUUCGCGGACCCACGUUCCGGUAAAUUCCAAAACAUCUAGCAAACAGAAGACAAACAGGAACAGAGUUGCAGAAAAUAUGAUUGCUGCCGGAGUCUCGGGGACGAGUGAACUGUCGAACGAUAUGCUUCGUCUGCGCCAAGCUCCUGACAACAGCGAAUGUGACGCGGUGGAUUCAGUAAACAAAACAGCGUCACAGCGUUGUGGAACCGACUUUCGAAAGGAAGAACAACCUUCAAAUGUGUCCGUGGCUCCAACAUACUCCAACGUUCUUUCACAGCAGAAAUACACUCAUUUGCAAAUCAAUUUGGUUUUCACGAGAGACCCAACUGAAUCUCUCGCUUAUGAUAUUCUACAACUGAAUGUGCUGCACACAGGCCGCCUCAUGAUUCAGUUGGCGCGAUAUUCGAGAUAUCGCACUACUCACAAGGUUGCUCAAAACUUUUUGACAACCCAUGACUGGUUUUGCCCUUCUUUGGGCACAUCAAGUGCGCGCAGUCUUCGAGUUUCUGUCAACCAUAUGCUUUAUUUCUACCCAAAUUGUCUGCGGUUUGAAACAAAAACAGUGAGCUUUGCAAACGCCUACCAGAGCUCUGCAUGGGACGUAUGUUCAAAUUAUGCGGUCUUGGAAUCGGGGAAGAAUCCAAUAAAAUCCGUUUCUGCUAAUGUGAGUCCCAAAAGGAUCGAAAUCAAAACAAAUGACAAAAGAGCUAACAGCAACGUCAUGACGGGUAGUCCGCGGCAGGAUGGUAUUCUCGACAGUAACUGCGACCCCAGACUGAUUGUUUCCGGACCUACAGAUUUUCAUCCAGUAAGAAGACUACAGCCAACUACACGCUUACUCGUCUAUUAG